GAUAAGACCUCAUCUUCAGGCAAUUGUGACAUGGUUAGCCAAGAUACGACAGACGGGAAAUCCCCAAACAAGCUUGAAUCUGCUGAUAAAUUGCCUAGCUAUGUUGGGAACCAGAAUGCGUCACUAGAUCCUGAUGCAUUGUUUCAGAAACAUUACUCUAAAGAGCUGAAAGUUAACGAGGAUGAGAUCCCCUUUGUCCUAGCUGAAUUCACUGAAAACGCACUCAGAUUUAUCAAGAAGGAGCAAUAUGAAAAAGCUCUCAUUUUACUACAGAAAGCACAUGGGAUAAUCAAUGUUAUCUCCAUUGAAGGAUGUACUAGAGAUAAAUAUUUCGGCUAUGUUAUUUUUGUUAAUAUGGCUGUAUGAUUUCAGAAAUUAGGAAGUCUAGAAGAGUGAUCCAUUGCACUCGAAAAUUCCCUCAGUUACUUAGACAAAUACACAUCUCUUACAAACCAAACUAUUGCAAAAAGAAUGAAAUUAAUGCAACAAGAAGCCCGUAUCAGAAUUCAACUUUGUGCUCUCUUCUCCCAACUCCAUCAUCACACAGAUGCCCUGGAGCAGGCAAAGAUGAGUACUCGAUUGAUCCACGGUUUGGUCAAAGACCUUCUCGCUCUUUGCAAUUACUAUACUAAAAAGAAGUUCAUUCAGGACAAGACAGCCUCUUAUACUUUUGCCAAAGAUAAUGAAAAUCCUGAUAAAUCUUGCCUAAGUAGCAAUAAUUCGCACUCUCAAUUCUCAGAUAAACAGUUACCAACCAAUCCAGAAGAGCGACAGCAAUCUUUGUCUCCUUAUCGCCAAGCUGUUGUUCAUAACUAUGCUGAAGAAGACCUCUCUCUAAUCGAGAGGACUGCUCAGAGAGUCAAGCCUAUAAUCGAGGCAUUAAAAGAUCAUUUAGUGCAAGAAAAGAAAGUAGAUGAAUUAAAAAGCAAAGCAAAAGAUACCUCUCUGGUCGAGGAAGAAGGGCACGAUUCCCAAUGUAGCCAAGAACAAUCAGAAAAGGACAAGAAGAGUAAGACCAAGAAGAAGAUAGAGCCUGACAUGAGGAUAGUUCUUGGGUAUCUCAACCAACUAGAGAUGAUAUCAAAUCUUAAUAUCGGAAACAUAAUGCAAAUACAACCUGUCAGAAUUGAGGAACUCCUCUCUAUUCCUAGGAAUGAAACUGAAUUUAACAGAACUUCCUUCAUUGAGAAGAUCUCAUUACUUUGAGUCACAUAUUUCUGUAUCUCCACAGAAAUCAGAUUCAUUAUCCAGCUGAAGGAUGAAGAAGACUUUGAUGAGAAAGAGAAAGCAGAAGAGUCUGAAUAUUGGCAUUCUAAGUCUCUUGAAAUUGCAUGCACUUUUCUUCCAAGUGAUUGACCUCUGCUAAAUCACAUCUUACUCAGCUACCAGAAGCACCACUCUCCUUGUCAGCAAACAAUUCCUGAGGAUGGAGAAAAUGAACUUAGUCUGCACAUUGUAAAGCCUCUUAAAGGAAUUGAAAGCUCAAAAUUCAAACCAAUCAUCAGAAAGCUUGAUUCUGGACACAUUCAACUAACACCUCCUUGCUUCUCGCCUGCAGAUACCAUCACAAACAAAAUGGUGCUAUCCUACCAGGCUUACGCAACAUAUGGGGCUCAACCUGUGGUUCCAGAAAUUCCAAAAGCCAAAGAUCUGAACUACAGUAGCACGAAGGAUAAGAGUCGCAACACUGACACUACAAGGUACCGUUCAGUGUCCAACAACAGAGUUAUCAGCUCACUCAAAGUCGGUAUAAUGCCCGAAAUCCAAGAGAAAGAGGACAAUUUGAUCCAAAACUCAGUGAACUCAGUUAAUUCCUUCUCCAAGAAGAACUCCCAAAGCAACCCUUCGGACCGCAAAAUCAUAGAAAAACUCUUAGCAUACAUAAUGAAAGAUAAGAAACUGACAGAAAAGGAAAAGCAUUUCAGAAAUAACAACAAAAUGCAAAAUGUAUUAGAAGCCUUAAUGUCAGAUGAUUUUGAUCUUGAAGAAUCAUUCAAAAAUAAUUCCCCCGGUAAGCACAAAGAGAAAGACUCAUUACUUAUGGACUCAAUGAUAAAUAACCAACAUUCGACAAGUUAUAAAGAGAUCCAACCUGAUGAUUCUAUUGGAAUUGGUUUACUCAGCAGUGACGCGAGUAAAGUGAACAUGACAGAUGAUGUUGGUUUUUCUAAAUAUCUGUUUCAGGAUAAAUAAGAAAGCUAAAGAAAACAAGCUUAUCAGCAAACUGAUCGACCGGUCUUCGUCCAGCCAUAAGAAAGCUAGGCCUAAGAGCUCAAAAGGAGUCAGGACUUGUCACAACAAAGUUCAUACCAUGAACAACAUCGGUAACGUUGACACUAACAAACACAAACGGAGGUCAGGCAACAACGGAAGUUCUCAUUUUGGAGCCAGCAAAGCCAAAGGCAGACACUCUUACAAAUAAGAAAACUCAGUUCACAGGGUUGAAGCCUCAGUCAAGCAAAGAUGCCAGAAACAUGAAGUCCUCUCACAACAUCAAAGCUCCUAAAGACUCUCAGAUCGACCCUAAAGUGUUAUUCCGGAACAACCUUUGGGACAUCAGAAAUAACAUCAAUAAGCUUGAUUCGAACAAACUCCUGACCAAAAGUGGCAUGCUCUUGCAACCAAAGUCUUCCAAAGCAGCCAAGUCCAGAAACGCCAAGAACCAACUCACAAACGUCAAGUCACUCGGAGCCAACCUCGACAGUUUCUCGUACAUCCGGCCUCACAGCAUGAAGCAGAGCUACGAUAAAAGAGCCAGGAAGCCCAAACACAAGAAAGCCAAAGCGGCGACCAAGCUGGGCUACGACGACCUCAAAGACAGACUCGUCGAGGGGCUAAAGCGCAAGAGGUCGCGCGUCGCUCAUGAGUCGUUGGCAAAGUACAGUUCGUUGGGAGUCACCAAGAUGGGGCCGUACAACGUUCCAGCCACAACAUCGAAUAGGAAGAAAGGGGAGCUGGCCAAAUCAUUGAUAGCAGAGCCACCGAAGAAGACACAAAGCAAGAAAGGGAUGAACCUUAAUUUCUAAUGAACGUAAUGAGUACUCUCUAAGAAUAACUAUUAAGAACUUUAAGAGAGCUUAUUCAGUAUAUAACUAAAGCAUAAGUUUUCCUUAUGCCAUCAGUUACCCUUCAGCUCUUAAGAUGACUAUCUGUAAUUCUAUUCAAAGCAAUCUAAAGUA